GUCAUCAAACUUUGACCCAACAACAUCAACAAGCCCUUCUAAAAUUUUAAUUACAAUACUAAAACCCAUUCCAUUUAAUUGACCGCAAACACACACAAACCCUCAAAACCCUUGACACUCCACCUUCUUUCUAUCUCUCUCUCUCGUUUGCCAUGGCCACUGUACCAGUUAACCCUAAGCCUUUUUUGAACAAUCUGACUGGAAAGACUGUUAUUGUCAAACUUAAAUGGGGAAUGGAGUACAAAGGUUUUCUUGCUUCUGUUGAUUCAUACAUGAACCUCCAGCUGGGAAAUACUGAAGAGUAUAUUGAUGGACAGUUCACUGGAAAUCUGGGAGAGAUUUUGAUCAGAUGCAACAAUGUUCUCUACCUUCGUGGAGUUCCGGAGGAUGAAGACAUAGAAGAUGCCGAACGAGACUAAGAAGAGGUCUUCAAUGUCUCUUGGUCUUCAAUGUACUGAGUUAAUAGAACUCCAUUUCCAUUUCCAUUUCCAUUUCAGAUAUGCUAAUGUUAUAUUUGUGUUAUAAUUAGAGUUUCAUUGUUUGCCUUUGACAUGAGCCAUGGCAUUUGCUGCACUUGAUGGACCGAUUCAUAUCACCUUAUUUAACUCUUUGAUUGCUUGCUUCUGGAUUUUCACUUAA